AGCUAUUUUCCAAUUGGAUAUCGGACGUCGUACGUCGGACGGACAUUGGACACGGUGUGAAUUUUGCAUAAGAUUCGAAAUUGUAGAAAACUUAAGUCAGUCUUAACCUCUUUUCCGAGUAGUACAACUCAACGAUAUAUCAAAAGGACUUUUUAUUUUCAAAUAGCGUGAUUCAACGGCAGCUCGGAGGGAGUUGUGUUUUUUAAAAAAGUUCCAUCCAUAUUCUUCCCGCAAAUAAACAUCUCGUAUGUAGAGUUGCUGAAUAUAAGAGCGUACGUCACGCCAAAUCCGCCAUAUUUGAUCCUGUCAGAGGCUAGCUAUGUUGUGCACUCUGGCGAGACGAUAUCUCUACUUCGCAAUGCCAUGUUGUUAUGUUAUUGCGAGAAACAUGUUAGAGCGUCCUCGCUUUCCGAUACGGUAAACGUUAUUGCGCGGCGAGUAGUACUCGCGGCGAGAUAUCCGUAUGAAAGUGCGCAUUAUCAGAUUCGAUGGCAAAACCGGAGCGGUUACGCUUCACGAUUCUGGAUGACUUGAUACUGCUGCGGGAGGUCUCGGGACAAAACCCAUACGAGGAGAGCGACAGGUGGAAAAUCGUCGCGGAGCGAGUCGUGAAGGCGACGCAAAAGAACUUCAGUUUGCGUUGCGUCAAGGAGCAUGUUGAUCAUCUCCUGAAGAUCUGGGCCAAAGAAGGACGCACACAUUUAAGGAAGUCAGGCACUGAGGAGCAGUACAAUGAAAAGGAGCAACUUCUUCAACAAGUACAAGAUUUGCAGAAAGAGUUUAGACGCACCAGCAAAGCUAUCAACACUUCCAAUGCUCAAAAAUCUGGGUUACAAGCAAGAGAUGCUGCCCUUGAGGUAGAGAACAUUUUUGACAAUUUGGAGGUGAUAAUAGAAGAACCAGCAGUGGAAAUGUCUAUACCCUCAUCGCUUCCAUCUUCUACGUUUUUACCAAUUGCAUUGCCAUCGCCAACUUUAUCGUCGUCGUCGUCCUCGUCAACUCCACUAACCUCAGCCAGCCCAUUGCGAUCGCCAAACACGUCGCCGUCCAGAACUGGCGGCCCAAUUAGAAACAAAGCACGACACGAUGGACUAAGAAAGUCGACGCUGCAAUUCUUGCAAGAGAGACACAAGAAAGAGGUGGAAUUUCAAGAGAAACAAUUCAGCCUGGAGGAAAGAAGAAUACAACUCGAAGAAGAAAAAUUCAAAAUGGAAAGGAAGGAGCGUGAAGCCAGGUUGGAGUUGGAGAUUGAAGAGAGGAGACAGAGAAUUGCUGUGUCGAAACAAAAGCAAGAGAUUCUGGAAAUACUGCUGCAACUAAUACACAAACCUUGAUUAUUUUUGUAAUUGAUAGUCUUUUUGUUUUAUUGAUUUAUAAAUAAACUAUUGUUAAAGUAAAGAUAUUCCUUACUUCAAAAGUAA